AUGCCCCGUGCAGCCGCCACCGCCGGAUUGUUGGUUUCUUUGUCGUGGGCGGCGGCUGUCACCAUCCCUGCAGCCAAGUGCGCCCUGCGUUCCGCGCUUGCAGACAACGGCGGCAACUCCAAGGCCCCUGCCGUUGUCGCUGCAGUUGAUGCGCUGUCCUCUCUUUGUCCGUUCGAAGCACCGACACGCGAGUCGGCCCUACUCGGCAAAUGGCAGCAAAUCAACGCACCAGAGUAUUCGGGCGGGACUCGGGAUGCGAGCGGCGCGUUCCAGUACACGCUCGGCCGUCUCUCGUUUGGCAUUUUCCAACCCAAAGAUCUCAUGUGCACCUUGGGGCCAAUCCUCAAUCCGCUCAAAGAGAGUGCGGUUGGUGGCGUGAUCGAGUACGAGAUAGAGAUCCCAUUUUCAAUCGGGCGGGACAAUGGCCCGAGUUUGUCGGCCGAGAUCAUCAACUUUGCGACCUGCGCCGUUGAAACGGACACGCGCCUGUCCGUGUCCUUCUCGGGUGGCGUCAUGCGGCCCGCCGAGGGUUGUGACCGGCCAGCGUGGCGAGAGGUCUUUGGCCCCGCGCUCGUGGCCAAGCCAGGCAAGCGCGUUCGCGUGAUGAACUGGUUGCUGAGGCGUCUGAUGGGCCUGAUCAAGCCUUCGCAGCUUGGCGACGACGACGCGAUGAGCUACCAGAUGACUAAAGCUCCAAAGGGACACCUCGAUGUGCUCUAUCUUGACGACGAGCUGCGGAUUACUCGCGGCAAUCGGGGUUCGCUGGUCAUUUGUGAGCGCCUCUGAGUGAGUGACACGCGCGCGCGGGCGCGCCCUCCCUGUCCGCCCCCGGAUGCGACACCUGUGCCGUGCGUGUAAUAGCGGCCGCUAGCGGGCCUGGGCUGGUUAGUAGGUGUGGUCUUAGUUAGUUACCGGUACACCUAUGCGUCGUGACCUCGUGUAUCAUGUUACCCUCGGUCCGAAAAUCUAUAUCCUAUAUGCGU